UACGCCGAGCUACCCACAAACCAGCUAGCUAGCAUCUUUUCUCCCACAACCACCUCAAUACAACCUCUCUUUGUCCCGAUAAUCCCACCGGUUUAAUCGAGAUACUCCAAAAGGACAUGAAUGUAACCUGCUCGGCGGUUCGGAUCGUUCGGUUGUCAAUCCAGGUCGGUUUAUUGGAAACCAUUUCUGCUAACGGGCAAAGCGGCUAGCAGACCUUCGAUGACAUUUCAGUGACAAGCACAACAAAACAGUCUGCAUGGCUGGCUGCUGAGUUGGUGUUUGUGUGCGUGAAAGGCCAGUGGUCAGGCCGCAGAGUCCAAAAGUGAGAAAUGGCCAUGCAGAACAGGAACUCCGUGAUGAUCCUGUCGGGUCGAGAGCGAGGAGCUCGCAUGCUGGGCUCCCAGCGGCUCCUGCAGCAGCUAGUGGAGGACAAGACCCGCUGGAUGAAAUGGCAGAGCCAGAAAGUUGAGCUGCCUGAUAAUCCACGAUCAACCUUCCUGCUGGCCUUCAGCCCAGAUAGGAAUCUUGUUGCCUCAACGCAUGUCAACCAUAACAUCUACAUCACGGAUGUCAAAACUGGAAAGUGCCUGCACUCUCUGGUGGGUCACCGACGGACGCCUUGGUGUGUGACCUUUCACCCCACCAUUCCUGGCUUGGUGGCCUCUGGUUGCCUUGAUGGAGAAGUACGCAUUUGGGACCUACAUGGUGGUAGUGAGAGCUGGUUCACGGAAAGUAAUGUAGCCAUUGCUUCUCUUGCGUUCCACCCCACUGCUCAACUUCUCCUCAUCGCCACUAACAAUGAACUCCAUUUCUGGGACUGGAGCAGACCAGAACCAUUUGCAGUUGUCAAGACCGCCAGCGAGACUGAACGUGUCCGGUUGGUGAGGUUUGAUCCCCUAGGUCAUAAUCUUUUGACUGCUAUUGUGAACCCAUCCAACCAGCAGAAUGAAGAUGAUUCAGAGGUCCCUAUUGACAGUAUGGAAAUGGCUUUAUUCCGCCAACGUUCUCUCUUGCGUUCCCCGCCCGUGCGUCGCACACCCAUACUGCACAAUUUCCUCCACAUUUUAUCCUCCCGCUCAUCUGGGGCGCAAUCCAGCGAUCAGUCCCGCCCACCCCCAGAGCCCCGAGAGCCUCCCAGCAUACCCCGCUUCCAGUACCCAGUGCGGGCAGAUCCAGGCGACCACACUGCCUUACAGGGCUGCACGCAGCACUUGGGUCUGGGCUGCCUGUGCAGUCGCUGCGCCGCCUCACGAAACUUACUGACGCACAAUACAACGUCUCUCCAGCCUGUGGAUUCUUCUCACCCUUUGCCUCAACCACAGACUCUGUUGGGUCCCUCUGCCUUCACGCCCACCCCCAGUCAGACCCGCCCUUCCACAGACCACCCCUCUGCGUUUAGCAGUGUGUUCAGUGGAACUUCUGGAAACUCUACGCAUCGAGGUCUAUUGCCCCAUAGAACUAUUGAUCCCAUAGGAUCACAGACACCCAGCCCUCUUGAGGUUCCCGGGCGUCUCCCAGGGGCCGAUUGGUCUGGAAGUCUGCUUAGUACGGGGCAUGAACAUGACCUGGGUCCGAUUGGGGGAGAUUCGAGGGGUGUGGUGCCCCCUCCCAGAACCAGUUCCUCCUCUAUGGAUCUUCUCUCCUUACGUAGGUUCCCCGAUGGUUCCUCAUCAUCACCCAUAUACACAUCUGCUACCGAGGGGCGGGGUCUUGUGCUGCCUGGCACAGAGCCCAACCGGGGUCGAGCCAAUGACGGCACAAGCAGCGGGCACCACCCUUUCUAUGAGAACACCCAACGAAACAAUCCUGCUUCUAUACGGAACGUUCUGCAAUGCAACCUGAGCCGCUACUUCAUGGAAUACGAGCGUAUGCAGGAAUUAGAGCGACCCGGUGGCAGCCGAGAAGUGGCGGGCGGACCAGGACCCAUGCAGGAGCUGCUCAAUAGUAGCAUGGACACUGAACGCCCAGGUCCUUCCCGUCAUAGCUCCUCCCCCAAUACUGGGAAUGUAGGUGCGGUCGCCAGUCCAUCUCAAAACCACCCCAAUCGCUGUCGUUCAUGCCACAACCUUCUUACCUUUAACCACGACACCCAGCGCUGGGAGCGUUCCGGUCAGACGUCCUCAUCGUCCGCCUCUCAAGAAAGGCCGUCAUGGCCGCUUUCAGUGCCUCCUUUUGAGGACCCGGGUCAGGGUGCCAUAGUGGAGGCCCAACCCCCUGAGAUGAGGCCUAUGGAGCUGGGCGAAACCUCUUCUGGUCUACAGGGGCAGCAGCCCAUGGGUCUGGUGUAUAACCAGGAGUCAGGGCAGUGGGAAAGCGUAUACCGGCAGCCGGCGGCCAGCGCUUCCCCUGAAGCAGCACAAAACGCCUUAAACCCAGAGGUGCCUGUUGAUAAUCCUGACGAGGACUCUCUCAGAAGGAGGUUGUUGGAAUCUUCACUUUUUCCGUUCUCUCGGUAUGAUAUGUCAGGAUCCAGAGAUCAUCCGAUAUAUCCAGACCCUGCCAGACUGUCUCCAGCUGCUUAUUAUGCCCAGAGGAUGAUCCAGUAUCUGUCUCGGAGAGAAAGUAUUCGACAGCGUUCCCUACAGAAUCGCCUACGGACGCUCUCAAACUCCCAAUUGGACAGCCAGUCCAACAACCCCUCCUCCACACCACCAGAGGCCAGUGAUGGAGACUAUGAGGACAUAGAGGAACCAGGAGACAGGACCAGACACAGAAUGCCCCGCAACGCUCGAAUGUCGGCCCCCUCUCUCGGGCGCUUUGUCCCACGGAGGUUCCUGUUACCAGAGUAUUUGCCUUAUGCUGGACUCUUCCACGAAAGGGGUCAGUCGGGCCUGGCCACUCACUCCUCUAUUAACAGAGUAUUAGCAGGUGCGUCUAUAGGUGAUGGUCAAUCGGCUGUGGCCAGUAACAUCGCUAACACCACCUACAGGCUACAGUGGUGGGAUUUCACCAAGUUUGACCUCCCAGAGAUCAGCAAUGCCUCUGUGAAUGUGCUGGUUCCUCACUGUAAGAUCUACAACGAUGCCAGCUGUGAUAUCUCAGCAGAUGGGCAGCUGUUGGCAGUGUUCAUUCCCAGCAGUCAGCGGGGUUUUGCUGAUGAGGGCAUUCUGGCUGUCUAUUCCCUUGCACCCCAUAACCUGGGAGAGAUGCUUUACACCAAGAGAUUCGGCCCGAACGCAAUCUCAGUAAGUCUUUCUCCAAUGGGCUGUUAUGUGAUGGUGGGACUGGCCUCUCGACGGAUCUUGCUUCAUCCCACCACUGACCACAUGGUGGCGCAAGUGUUCCGUCUGCAGCAGCCACACGGAGGAGAGACCUCCAUUAGAAUGAUGUUUAAUGUGGUCUACCCCAUGGCUCCAGACCAGAGGAGACACGUCAGUAUUAACUCCGCUCGUUGGCUUCCGGAGCCAGGCAUUGGGUUGGCCUACGGAACCAACAAAGGGGACCUGGUCAUCUGCAGGCCAGUUGAUUUCCGCAGUGAUGGAGACAGUCAUUCGGAUCUGAACUCGGAUACAUUGUUUACAGUCAAUAGCAGCAGCCGAACUCGUGGAGUGGAACGUCCAGGGACGAGCAGGUCUGGCUGGCGUUUCGACCGAGACAUGGGUCUCAUGAAUGCUAUUGGCUUGCAGCCGCGUCAGCCCGCUCCUUCUGUGACUUCACAGGGGACGCAAACGCCAGUGGUGCGACUGCAGAACGCAGAAACGCAGACAGAGAGAGAACUUCCUACAACCAGCACCUUCCAGAACACGCACACACCUAGACAGAUGGUUCAGACAGCAAGCACCAGCACAGAAAUAUAUACACACCAAGAGAUGACACACACACAGGUUCAGACAUCAGUUUCAGAGGGAUCACUGAACCGGACCAGCUUACCCACCACAUAUCAGGGGGAGUCAGCAGCCGAGCCCGUCCCAGGAGAGGACGCAGUCUCUCGGAUCCGCCGCCUAAUGGCAGAGGGCGGAAUGACGGCGGUGGUCCAACGGGAACGCAGCACUACAAUGGCCUCUAUGGGCGGCUUUGGAAACAAUAUAGUGGUCAGCCAUAGGAUUCAUCGUGGCUCACAAACCUCAGUGAGGACAGCUCAGGCGGGAAACCUGAACACAGAGCCACCUUCUGGGACUGGUAGCUCAACUGCAUCCGUUUUUCACACUGAGUCUUUGGUAGACUCUUUAGAAGCUCCCGGCCCGUCGGGAUCUAGUGGUCUCCCACUUCCACCACGGUUUACCUCUCGUUCUGAAGUGCCAGGAGCAUCACCUAUGGUUGAAGUGGACUUAUGGGAUCGUCAAACUGAUGACCAUCUACAUCACCCAUCCCCUAGCAGUUUGAACAUGUCCAACCAUAGCAACAAUAAUAACAACACUGAACAUAACAACAGCUACAGUGACAGCAGAGGCCGAGAUUACCCUGAUGACCUGUAUGGCAGAUAGUCUUCUGGUUGUCAUAGAGACGAAUGUCUCACAGGUAAAACACUGGUCUGCAUGGUGCUGGGGGCAUUCGUGGUGUACUUGCAGUGGAUAAUUUGUUACAAUGACAGAACAGAGCAUUUAUGUCAGAGCCGCUGAACACCACCUCUGUUCUGACUCCUCCCACUUUGGCCUUAUUUCGGGAAAAAUGAGUGCCAAGUUAUUGAUGGCAUCUGCUUGGAGAUCCUGUCAAAAACAACUAGACUUUUGCUUUGGGGAAGCAUCAUUAUUGCACUUGCUAGUUGCACUUAAGUUAUAAUUUUUCUUCCUUACAAGGUUGAGUUGGACAUUUAAUCAUUCCAUGCGAGAAAGGGCGUCAUACUUGAAUUAAUCCCGUACCGCAUUAUGGAGUUACACAGUUGCAGUUAAACCACCCUUUCGAGCUCCAGAAACAUCAUCAGCCAAUCAAAGUGCCAGUUGAGCCUGGGGGCGUGUCCAUACUGAUUCCUUUGCAUCAACUAGAAUUCAUGGAAUCUAAUGUUUCCUUCUAGACAUUUUGGUUUGAGGAAAUAUUGUUGAGCAGUACAAACUCUUCACAGUUUAACACUAACUCUUAGCAACUCUCUCAACAUCAUGUAAUGGUUUUCAUAUUCAGAUCAGAGAUUAUGCUUAAUUUGAUUGGUUGUUUGUGUUCAAUAAUGUGACUUCCAGUGCUUGAGUCAUGCGGUCAAUCAAUGUCUGGAAUAGUGUCUGCUUUGAAGUUCACAGACUGAAAGAUGCGUGUGCGUGUGCAUGUGUGUGAGAGAGUAUGGAUGUGAGAGGGAGAGAGAGAGAGGGUGUGUGCGUGUGCGUGCGUGCGUGCGUGUGUGUGUGUGUGUGUGUGUGUGUUGGAAGUGGGUUCCACCUUAAACUUCCAAAUUGAAAAUUUUAUGAUUGUUUUUAAUUUGAAUUUAUUUUUCUGUGGUUUGAAAAAUACAGUUUUGGAAGCAUGUCGUCUCUACUUGUCAUUUGGGUUAAAAAAGCAGUUCAAGAAGCUUCACAAAGGUUCAGAUCUCUUAUAUCUGCAUGUGUGUCCAGUUGCAGAGCUUUUAUGUGAAAGGUGGGGCUUAUGCUAAUUUGCAUGUAGGGAGCAGAACGCACAUGACAUGUGCAUCAAAACAAGUGGAAUCUUGGUAUGUUGUGCAGUUUUUUAAUUAGGGCUUUUCAUAAUUUGUGAAAACUUGAGCGUGUGUGUCAGUUCACAACUUUACACAUCUUUACGAUUUGCACUGACCAGAUUUCCCCGAAACACUCAAAACCCAAACAUAAAACUGUUAACGAAACUUUUUAUUGAUUUAUUUAACGUUCAAUCUAACUAUUCCACUGCUGAUUUUCAAUUCACCUUUUAUUAGUUGUUUUUAUUUUAUUUAUUUGAACGUUUUUCAGCCUUCCGAGCUGAUUGGCUGGUGUUGUGUUCAGUUCCACCAAUCACGGUAAGCCUCUUUUUGAAAGAGACAAAUGGCAAGCGAUUGCACUACAGUACCCCCUUCUCUUUCCAAACCGCACCAAGGGGGAUGUUACAGACAUUAAACAAGAUAUAUCUCUAUCAUUGAUCUGGUUUAUUAAAGAUAAUUUACACUUGAAUAACCCAUAAUAGAGUAUUUCUUUGGACAUUUGACACUUAGGAGAGAGAUGGCACUGAAUGUGUAUACCGCAUAUGUAUAAACCGCACACAUGUAUGUAUGCGUGUAUGUGUGCAUGUGUUUGUCUUGGUGUCUGCCACUAAACCUACAGAGUUUUAUUAUAAAUAAAUGUAGCAUUGUAAAUGUAUAGAUGGUUAAAUCAAGAAAAAAACUUGAAAUCUUAAUCCAUGUUUUUGGGUGGGGUUUGUGUUUUGAAACAUAUUUGCCUUGUAAGCUCUAUUGUGCUUGUUUAGAUUCUCAUCUGUAUGAUUGAUGAGUUGUCAUUGCGUGAGUCCAAACAAGCAUUAACAGGCCUUACAUUAACAAGCAUUUAUAAAAAUAGAGAUUACGUUUCAUUAGAUGUCUUGGAAAAUUCCUGUUAUUUUAGCUGCUUGGCUUAAUAUGUAACUUUUUUGAGGAAAAAAAAUAAGGUCCCCUUAAGUAUGGUUUACCUGUAACCCUUUUGAAAGCUUUUGGGUAUAAAAUCGAUUCAGUUGUGGUCUUAUAAGCAAUGGCAGCUGAGGAACUUCUCGGAAAUCACAGACCCUUUGGUGUUUUUCCAUGCGUUCAGUGCCUUGGAGGAAUUUUCUCCUAACUGAACUACAAAAGCCGUUGAUGCUUGACAGAACAAGUAGAAGUUUUAUUUCAGCUCCUUUAUAAGCCUUUUGAAUGUUGAGUGUUUUAAGUUACUGAUAGGAAUAUUGGUGCAAGUACAGUCCAUGUUUUGGUGCUUCUCAUUUUGAUAUUUAUUUUACUCUUCGUGUGAAUGGAAAAUGCGAUCAUGAUUAAAAAAAAGUUCAUCCCCAUUGGAGAGAAGGACCUUUUACUUGUAGACACCCCACCUGACAACAUGGUAAAAAACUAGACAACUGUCAUUGGCAAAACUGGUCCAAAAUCAGAUAUGAUCUCAAAUGAUCAUUUAAAUAUACUGUAUGUUUUGCCCUGAAUUCACUUUUUUCUGACCAUAUGCAUACCUUUUUUGUUGUUGUUGUUGUAAGGAUGGUAUAGCUGACGAAAGUGUAACAUUUUAAAAAUGGUAAAUGUGUUUAUGUUGGCUGUGUGGUUAUGUAAAUGCUCUCACUGCUGGAUCGGUACUGCAACUGAAGUCAUGAAAAGAACAGAAUUCAACUUCCUCUUCUGCCCAGACAAGAGGGAUGUGUUGUUUUGACUUACCAUAAAUGUGUAGUUAGUUCUUUAUUUAGUGAAGGAUUUAUGAUGAGGAUGAGGUGUUGUAAAAUAAUUUUUGUGGGACACCAAAGAGGCUGUGGUAAUGACGAUUAUGAGAGUUUUAAUAAAAUGGGAAUAUGGAAAUGACUCAAGUUGUUCUUGAUAUUUAUUUAAUUUGUAUUUUUUAGUUUUUCUCCCACAUUUGGAAUGCCCAAUUCGCUUUAAGUCCUCAUGGUGGUGUAGUGACUCACCUCAAUCUGGGUGGCGAAGGACAAAUCUCCGUUGCCUCCGCGUCUGAGACCGUCAAUCCACACAUCUUAUCGCAUGCGCUUGUUGAGCGCGUUAUCAUGGAGACAUAACACAUGUGGAGGCUUCACGCUAUUCUCCAUGGCAUCUACGCACAACUCUACAUGUGCCCCCACCGAGAGCGAGAACCACAUUAUAGUGACCACGAGGAGGUUACCCCAUGUGACUCUACCCUCCCUAGCAACCGGGCCAAUUUGGUUGCUUAGGAGACCUGGCUGGAGUCACUCAGCACACCCUGGAUUCGAACUCACGACUCCAGGGGUGGUAGUCAGCAUCUUUACUCGCUGAGCUACCCAGGCCCCUUGAUAUUUAUUUCUGAUUAAUUACAAAUAUAGCUACACACUUAAUGCUACGGUAUGCUUGUUUUUCCGCGUGCCGCUCCGUCUUGUGCAGUGUCGAGUGCUCUGCAUUUCAAAGUAUGCUCUUCUGACCACGAGCCCAUACGUGUUAUGACUGCUUUGUUGUACUCAUUAGUACAGUCAACGACAGAUGCAUUCAUCGGUGAUGGAAAAAAAAAUGGUCUGUAUUUGGAUAGUCAGCACGAAUGCGCGAAACAUAGGUGCACGUUGAAAACCGAAGGAUCUCACAAAACCCCAAAAUCACAAGAAAGGGAUACAAAAUUAUAUUUUAUAUUAUAUAUCUCAGAAAAUAAAACCUAUAUAAAAAUGUUUUUGCAUUGCAACAUUAUUUUCAUGGCAAUUAAGCACCCCGCCCCUCAAGUUGUCAUUACCAUAAUGCUCAUAAAAAUCUCAUUCUCAUUACUGUAAUGUGAAAAAAUUAUGUAUUGAAUCAGUUUCAUUCAUGCAUCAUUUCAUGUAUAACUUGGUAAUACAGAUAAAAAAAAAAUUAUAAUUCUAAUACAGACAUUAUUUUGUGGAAAGUAUGCAUUACGGUAAUAAAAAAUUUGGUGGGUUGAAUUAA